AUGGAUUUACUCGGAAUACAUGUGUUUAUCGUGGUACUCGUAGCAUGUAGCGUCAUCAACGUCAGCAGAGGGGUCGACGUUAAAAUCGGCGUCCUGUUAAUGACGGACUCCUGGUGGCCUUUUGACCUUAAAAUGAUGGGACCGGCAAUAGAGGAAGGUGCCAUAGUGGCUAGAGACGUAUACGGAGUGAAUAUGGAGCUAGUUUACCACACGUACCCCGGAAACUGCCCGCUGUCCGCCACUCUCGGCUACCUGAUGGAGCUGCUUAACAAUAACACGCUACACGCCAUCGUGGGCCCCGCGUGCUCCGAGUCGAUCAUGGGAGCGGCGCGGCUCGCGGAGUACGUUAAGAUACCGAUGCUGACGGGCGUCGGCGACCUCGUGGUGCGCAACCCGGCUAAUGGGGACAUGUACAAGACGCUCACAGUGCUCUCAUACAGCGUCACGAAACUGUCGCACUCGUUGACGGCAAUCAUGCAGGAGUACGGAUGGCGUCACACGGCCGUCAUGUACGACUUCCCACAGACCAUCUUCAAUCUUGCGGGUGCCAACCUCGUAAAGGACUUCCGGUCGAGCAGUGAUAUGGAGCACCCGCUUGAAAUCACCUUUGACGGCUACAAGACCAAGGACGCGGACUAUGGCAGCUUUCUCAGAGAGGCGGCCACUCGCGCCAGGGUAAUAAUCAUAUUCUGCAACGCGGAUAUAUUCCGGGACAUCAUGUACCAGGCGUACCUCAACGGGAUGGCGGGCGGCGACUACGUGUUUAUCACGCUCGAGCUCUUCCCGAGCGACUGGCUCGGCCAUUAUCAACUUUUUACCAGAAGCGAUUACAAGGACGCGGGCGUGACGAAGGCGUACGAGACCGCGCUGAUCUUGUCUCUUCGGAAACUGGAUAACACCGAGUACUUUACCUUCGCCGACAAAGUGAAGGCCAGGGCGCUUGCUGACCACGGAUUCGUGUAUCCGGCUGGAGAAAAUCCUAACUAUUAUGUGACGGCGUUUUACGACUCGGUGAUGUACCUGGCAAACGCAUUCAAUGACACCGUCAACGCCGGCGGGGACAUCACUGACGGCAUGGCAAUCGCUCAAAUGUAUUGGAAUAGCUCAUUCCAGGGCAUCACUGGUCCGGUUGGUGUGAGUGAGAUCGGGGACCGGCAAGCCGACUUUGACCUGUACGACAUGAUGUCACCAGACACACGGGCAUUUCAGAUGGUGGGUCGUUUCCGUGGGGCUAGCCAGGCGUAUGUUCCGCUUAAUGGUGUGGAAGUGGUCUGGCCUAGAGGGAAACCACUUGACGUUCCUACAUGCGGCUUCCAGGGAGAACUCUGUGUACCGGAAGCAGCGGACUACACUGUGCUGAUUGCCGUGCUUGUCAGCGUGUUUGGGUUCCUCACAUUGAUCUUUUCAGUCCUCUUCAUUUUGUACAGGCGUUACCGCGCGGAACAGGAAAUUGGCCGGAUGUCAUGGCUCAUAGGGCCGGACGAGCUGAAAAGCCGGAAGGGGAAAAACAACGACUCCUUUAUGUCAAAGAGCGUGCUGAACAUCGACAGAGACCAAGAGCAGCAGCAGAUGUUCUGCAAGACGAUGUUCUGUCGGGACCAAAUUGUGGCAGUCCGCGCUCUCAACCUCACGGAAGUAGAGCUCACCAGGAAACUCUGCGUGGAUUUCCGUCAGAUGCAAACGUCGACGCACAACCUAUUGGCGAAGUUUGUUGGCGCGGUAAUAACCCCGUUGAACAACUCGAUCCUAAUGGAGUACUGCCAACGGGGAAGUCUACAGGAUAUGAUACAGAAUGAUGUCAUUGAGCUCGACUGGGAUUUUCGCUACUCUCUCAUUCAAGACGUCAUUAAGGGCAUGACGUUCCUACAUAACAGUCCGCUGUUGGUACAUGGGCACUUGACUAGCGCCAACUGUGUGGUAGACAGCAAAUUCUCCCUGAAGAUCACAGACUACGGUCCACACGAGCUGCUGGAUGUGGACCGGCUCAAGGGUUAUGAACUGGCGAAGGAAGGAGGAGAGACGAUCAAUCUCAGAAAGAUGUUGUGGGUGGCGCCGGAGCACAUAGACGCCCAGCUUCUGCAAGCCUCCAGCUCCCAGGCCGGUGACGUCUAUUCAUUCGCCAUUAUUUUGCACGAGCUCAUCAUGCGAUGCGAGCCGUUCGACGAGACUGGCAUGGAGGUCGAAGAUAUCCUCAGACAAUUGCGGACGCGGGUGCCGGCGGUGCUACGGCCGUCACUUGGGGACGACGAGCAGUGUGCACCGGAACUGCGGAACCUGGCGACCAACUGCUGGAACGACACACCGGAGGAUAGGCCCUCCUUCAACGACAUCGAGGAAAUAUACAAGAAAAUCAGACGCGGCAAGAAGACGAACAUAAUGGACAACCUGCUACAGCGGAUGUCGGACUACGCGGACAAUCUGGAGCAGCUAGCGGCGGACCGCACGCAGGCGUACCUGGCCGAGAAGGAUAAGGUCGAGGAGCUCCUUCACAGGCUCCUCCCGCCGUCGAUAGCUAAUCAGCUGCAGACGGGCCAGAGGGUUGCUCCGGAAUCCUUCGACUGCGUCUCCAUCUACUUUUCUGAUAUCGUCGGUUUUACCGUCAUAUGUGGAGCCAGCACGCCGAUUCAGGUGGUGGACCUCCUUAAUGACCUCUACACAGCUUUUGACAGCACCAUCGAACUAUUCAAAGUCUACAAGGUUGAGACUAUCGGGGACGCGUACAUGUGCGUGUCGGGGCUUCCGGAACGGAUUGGUGACCGACACGCGCUAGAGAUCUGUAAUAUGUCCUUGGCCAUCCGCCACCGCGUUCGCGACUUCACGAUUAGUCACAUGCCGGAAGAGGUCCUUAAGAUCAGGAUCGGGCUUCACUCAGGUCCUGUGGUCGCGGGGGUGGUUGGGCUGACGAUGCCCCGCUAUUGUCUAUUUGGCGACACCGUCAACACUGCUUCCAGGAUGGAAUCCAACUCAAAACCCUUUAAGAUUCACAUGUCGGGCAGUACUCAGGCCUUACUAAAGAAAUACCCGGAGUAUAUACUGGAAGACAGGGGACCACUUGAGAUCAAGGGAAAAGGCACGAUGAACACAUAUUUCCUUGAGAAAUAUGACGAUGGCACGGGCAUCGAGUAUCCGGGCAUGCCGAAAUGUGAAGUCUGACCGGCACCCGGCUUCUAGAUACAAGUACACUCAAUGUGGCUGUAACGGUUAAGAUUUGCUGAAGUUUAAGUUGGCUGUGUAAUGCCAGGUGAAGUUUUAGAGUUGUGUCUUGCCAUUUUAUAAACUUUAUUUUGAGUUGUACUAAUUUAAUGAUGUUCAAAUAUGGUUGUAUUUCCUUGAGCUUAAGUGUUGCAGAACGUAAAGAAUUUAGUUGGAUACUUUAAGCAGCUACUUAUAAGGAAUACAACAUAAGAAGUGCAACAAUGAGUGUUGAAAGUAAAGAGAAAAGUACACUGAGAUACCUUAAAAACGCAAUUUAUAAACUGAAAAUUAUGUUUGAUCAACGACAAAAUGUUCAGCCCAAUAAAUUAUUUGUGAAUCAACGUUCAACGCCAUCAAUAAUUUGUCGUUGUUAUUUUAAGUACAUGUAUUGCAUUUUAAGUAGUUCAUGAUAUUAAACAAUAUUGCUUGAUUUCUUACAAAAAAAACCCAACCCUUUUAUACAACCGACAGCUUUAUAGCAGACACCCAGGUACACUACAUGGUUAUAUUUUUGCUUUUUGUUCCAUUAACAUCUUGUUAAAUGUGUUCAGCUAUAGUUGUGUUCAAUAUCCAUUA